AUGGUUCUCUACUAUGGAGGUGGUGCUACUACCGUGGCCCUCCUGGUGAUAGGAGGAUAUAUGCUUUUCCAUGGCGACGGUGAACAAUUCAAUGUUGGCCAUUUCCUCGAGGCUGUUUCGCCAUAUGCUUGGGCGAACCUUGGUAUCGCAAUGUGCAUUGGUCUAUCUGUUGUCGGAGCAGGCUGGGGUAUCUUCCUCACAGGCUCGUCGAUCGUUGGUGGAGGUGUUAGGGCACCACGGAUUCGGACAAAGAACCUGAUCUCUAUCAUCUUCUGUGAAGUCGUAGCUAUCUACGGAGUCAUCAUGGCCAUCGUCUUCUCGUCCAAACUCAACCUGGUCGAAGGCGACGAGCUCUUUUCCGGCAGCAAUUACUACACCGGAUAUGCGCUUUUCUGGGGAGGUAUCACAGUGGGAGCAUGCAACUUGAUUUGCGGUAUCUCUGUUGGUAUCAACGGUAGUGGUGCGGCUCUGGCUGAUGCAGCUGACCCCAGCUUGUUCGUCAAGAUCCUCGUCAUUGAGAUUUUCAGCUCUGUUCUCGGUCUUUUCGGCCUCAUCAUUGGACUCCUGGUUGGACAAAAAGCGACCGACUUUGGAGCAUGA